AUGGCGUUUGCAUUGAUCUUGGUGUUGGGAAUAAUUACUCCGAUAUUUUUGUGGCUUUAUUCUUGGUAUAUUUCAGCAGUGCCCAAGCAUUUUGUCAAAUCUGGCACAAAACUGGAAAAGAAAGUAACUACCAAUUUGAGAAUACUCCAGCAAAAAUAUCAUCCCAGCUGGUGGUGUCCAUUUGGAACGACGCAAACUAUUGUUCGUCAAAUCUUCCGCGACUGUCCAGAGCUACCGUUCCAAAGAGAAAUUGUGGAGUUUGAAGAUGGAGGCGCCGCUGGAAUCGACUGGCUCAUACCUGAAGGUUCCGAUGAUACUACACCAAUCGUAAUAUUUUUGCCUGGUAUCACCGGAAGCACCCAUGACAGCAGUUAUGUACUUCAUCCAGUAAAAGAAGCUAGAGACAAAGGAUGGAAGUGUUUGGUUGUGAAUCCUCGCGGGCUAGGUGGUGUUAAACUCAGAACUACUCGAACAUACAACGCAGCUACUCCUCAUGAUUUUGCAUAUAUCGCUAAAAUGGUGAAUGAAAGAUACCCUGAAGCUAGAAAGCUAGGAUGUGGCUUUUCAAUGGGAGGAAUGAUACUGUGGAAUUAUCUUGCUAUGUCUGGCGAACAAGCAGACCUUGAUGGCGGCAUGAUCGUUUCCUCUCCAUGGGACCCAAUGGUCGCUUCAGAUUCGAUUGAAUGUUUCAUUCCACAGUUAAUCUUCAACAGAUUCAUUGCAAAAAAUUUAGUAGACAUUGUGAGACCGUACCGAGAACUAUUCAAAGAUAUGGUUGAUUUCGAUGAAGUUAUCAGCAGUACAACAGUCAGAGGGUUUGAUAAAUCAUUUGUUACGCCAAUGUACGGGUUCGAAAGUUAUGAGGCUUAUUACAAAAUGGCUACUCUAGCUACAAAAGUUGACAAAAUAAAAAUUCCAUGCGUCACAUUAAACUCUGUCGACGAUUAUUUUAGCCCAGUGCAAUGUAUUCCCACUGGAGACAUCAUGAAUAGCGACCAUGUUGUUGGUAUAAUUACAAAUCACGGAGGACAUACUGCAUUCAUGGAGUCUGCCGAUCCAAACGCUCGUGGAAUGGUCGAGAAACUUUUAUCGCAAUGGGGAAAUCUGAUUUUCCAUGAUUAUCAUUAA